AUGUGGAACUCGUUUGGGAGCUUGAAGAAGAAAAGGAGAUCCAAAACGAACGCAAGCUAUCCCGACGGUACAGUUGCAGGCACCGACUCACUACAGAUCGACAACAUCUCGCCUUUGCCAUCACCGAGUUCAACUGAGGGUGCAUUGAGCCCCAAAUCUACCCCAGACACACGUCGAGCCAGUGAACCUCCCCCUACUCGUCUCAACUCCAGAGCAAAUUCGACGUUCGACGUGGCCGUUCGUUCUCGUUCUCGCUCCUCGAAUCGUUCCCAGGAUCCGCUUGGUCUGACAGUCAUCUACCAACCAGAAACAUGUCCACCAUUGGAUAUCAUCUUCGUCCAUGGGCUUGGUGGUACCAGCCGUGCCACCUGGUCAAAAGGAAGAGAUCCGGAGUUCUUUUGGCCGGAAAAGUGGCUUCCUACUGAACCGGCAAUCUCGUCCGCGAGAAUAUUAUCUUUUGGUUACAACGCAAACUUCGCUGCGACAGGUGCGGCACCGAUUACCGGUAUCGUUGACUUCGCGAAAGACCUACUUUAUGCUAUGAAGUUCGCAAAAGACGGAGAGCUUAAUGAACUAGAACUCGGCACACGGCCCAUCAUCUUCAUUGUACAUUCCAUGGGCGGCUUAGUUGUCAAGCAGGCAUACAUAUUGGGCCAAAACGAUGAGAACUACUCCGAAAUUGUAUCGUCGAUCAGUGCUAUUCUCUUCCUUGCAACUCCCCACCGGGGAUCGGACCUAGCUGACAUACUUAAUCGCAUUCUUACCGUUUCUAUCUUCAAUCACAGCCCGAAGCUUUAUGUUGGUGAGCUAAAGCAUGGCUCACCAACCAUUCAAGCUUUAAACGAACAGUUCCGGCACAUUGCGCCCAAGCUCGAUAUCCUCUCCUUCUAUGAAACUCUGCAAACGGCAGUAGGCCCCAAAAGAAUGAUGGUUGUUGAAAGGCAGUCCGCGACACUUGGAUACCCAGCGGAAAUCUCGAAAUCACUGAUUGCAGACCACCACACCGUCUGCAAGUACGAUAGUAUCCACGACACCAACUAUAUAAGCAUCAGGAAUGCACUUAAGACUUUAGUUACUGCUAUCAAAUCCAAAGGACAUCAUCUGCUCGCUUCUCAUUCUAAACCCGAGAUUGAGGAGUUAGAGACCUUACUUGCCGUUUCAGAGAAUUAUCAAGAAGAUCUCGACUUCUUCAGAAAGAGGUGGACCACAGGUACAUGCGAAUGGAUUCUCCAUAACACAGCCUUCAAGAAAUGGGUGAGCGAAAGUCAUGGCUCCAUGAUGCUUUGGCUCAACGCCCUUCCUGCUAGCGGCAAAUCCGUACUGUCUUCAUACGUGGUCAACCACCUCUUGCGAGAAUCAUUCUGCGCAUUCUAUUUUUUCAGGUUUGGCGACCAACUCAAACGAUCAACCAGCGCCUGCUUGAGGACCAUCAUCUUCCAACUGGCUGAGCAGCUACCUCGUUUCCGAGCUCAGUUACGCGAGAUUCGUUUCACAUCUAAGACUUUGGAGAAAGCCGAUGCAAGAACCAUUUGGGAGAAAGUCUUCAUCAACGUUAUCUUCAAGAUGGGUCUGACCACGACCAUGUAUUGGGUUAUCGACGCGCUCGACGAGUCCGAUAGUCCACAAUUAUUGGCUGAGCUCAUGCACGGUGUCUCGAAGUCGAAUUCUCCGAUUAGAGUGCUCUUGGUUAGCCGCCGCACCGACGAGCUCGUGUCAACACUCGAUCGCUUAAAACCUGCUGUCCCCGUGGUCAAUUUGCCUGUAGAGGACACCAAGCGAGACAUUAGAGCGUACGUUGAGACAGAAGUCAGAUACAUGCACGCGACCGACGAGUUCAAGGAACAAAUCGUGGAAAGAUUGGUCGCUGGAGCGAAGGGUAAUUUCCUGUGGGUCAGCCUAGCUCUUGUCGAGGUAUUGAAAUGCAACACUGAGGAAGACCUUGAUGAGACGUUGGAGAGCAUCCCGACCGGGAUGGAAAAUCUUUAUCGGCGCAUGGAGCAAAUUAUCGUCAAUUCAACGAAGCCACGCGAUCAGAAGCUUGGUCAAAUGAUAUUAACUUGGGCAGUAUGUUCGCGUCGGCCGUUGUUGCUGAAAGAGCUCAGCCAGGCUCUCCAGCCUGAGUUCUCAAUCAUGACAGAUCUGAGUCAUAUCAUCAACCGCGUAUGCGGGCAGUUCGUCGCCAUUGACUCCACUGACCGAUUGGUCAUGAUUCAUCAGACUGCAAGAGAUCAUAUCAUCGCCACUCGUUCUGUGUUGGCAGUGAAGGUCUCAGAGGGUCAUGAGAAGCUCUUCACAAAGUGCCUGUUGGUAUUGGAAAACAAACAGCCACGACGCCAUGCUGACCGACGCGGAGGAACAACGAAGUUACCCGAUUACCAAGAAUUCCUCCGUUACGCAACCGUGUCCUGGAACUAUCACCUGAACCUGCUUUCCUCUGAAUCUGAUGCGCCUCUAGUGUUGUUAGCGAAGUUUCUUAGUAGCACGGCGGUCCUGAACUGGAUUGAGAGUCUUGCCAAGAAGAACCUGCUCAAGGUUCUUGUCUAUUCGUCCAAAGCUAUGACGUCGUAUGCUCGCAGGAAGCGUCAUAGAAACACAGAAACUAACCCUCUCCAACAUCGCAUACAAGAAAUCGACCUUGUGGAGUCGUGGGCAAUAGAUUUUCUGAAGAUCAUCGGAAAGUUUGGACCCAACUUGAUUGCCGCACCAGCUUCGAUAUACCACCAAAUUCCUCCAUUCUGCCCGGAGAAUUCUGCUCUCUUCAAGCACUACGAGCAUAGCACACCGAAGCCACACUCUUUAGUAAUCAGUGGCAUCGAUCGCAAAGACUGGGAUGAUAAUCUCGCCAGGAUCGCGCUUGGCUCAGGCACCCAGGCCCUCAUUGUCGCUGCAGCUGGGAAUCACAUUGCUGUUGCGUCGGCUUCCGGCCAGACAACGCUAUACAACGCUGCUACAUUUGAGGUCAGGAGAGUCUUCAGACACACAGAAAAUAUCAGUGCUAUGAGCUUCAGUGACUGUACGAAGUUGCUAGCAACGUACGGCUAUAACACAACCAAAGUGUGGUCAGUAGAGACUGGCUUAGUCCUACAAGAGAUACCUAAUCCGCAAAGAAGUCGGGCUUUCACAAUUGCCUUCGCUGGCGGCGAUACUGAGCUAAUAAUCGGAUCCAAUGACAGGUUGAUAAGAAUCGUGGACCUCACGGUAUCUUGUCCUGGUUGGAUUGUACUACACCCUGCACUCUUGAAGGACGACGCUGUUCUAGAUCGGCCAGUACACAAAGUACCAUGGCGGAUAGCAUUCAGCCCAGAUCGAAAUUACGUCGCCGUUGCGUAUCGAAAUUUCCCAUUGUCAGUCUGGUCACUGGAUGACGAUAGACCGGAGCUUGUAGGACGACUUAUGCGCGAUGAGAAGUACGCAGGUAACUCCUGGACAGUCGUCGACCAGGUAAUUUGGCACGCUGGUGGCCAAAAUGUGGUUGGACUAUACAUGGGUGGACACGUCUUUCGAUGGGAUCCUUUCCAGAAUACACAACAAGAAUUGCAGGCUGAGGCUUCGAUCUUAGCUUGCAGUCCUGAAGGUAAAUUCUUCGCCAUAGGUACCUCCGAUGGAACCAUCAAGUUGUAUGACUUCCAUCACUUCGCCCUGGUUUAUCAACUCUCGUGCGACAGCAUGAUCAACGACUUCUGCUUCAGUCCUGAUGGGAAGCGGAUCUACGAUGUUCGCGGUCAGUACUGUAAUGUAUGGGAGCCUAACGCACUCAUUCGACACGACGAUGGCGGAGAGCAGGAUAGCGAAGAAAGAAGUGAGGUCGCUAGCAUUCCCACUCUCGCGGUUUCCGAGGCAUUCGCGGACGCACGCGACCAGAUCACCGCUACUGCGAUCCAAUAUCAAGGCCGUUAUCAGGCUCUAGGCAAUGAGUCUGGCUCAAUCAGCAUCAUCGACACAUCGGCAAAAGCGCCACGCCCUAUCCAGAUAUGGCAAGCUUCCAUACCCUUAGCCAUCGGGUUCUUAGCGUGGUCGGAUGACGGCCGGUAUCUUGCCUGUUCAGAGCUGACAGGACGAGUGGUGGUAAAGAACGUCCAGCGUACCCCCGAAGAUUCCUGGAAGAUCACUCCCGUAUUCGACAUGAAAGUAUCAGCCAACAGUGAGGGCUUGCAGCAACUUCUUAUGAACAACGACGGGUCACUACUGAUGGUUAAGAAUGGAUCUACCGCGGCGGUAUGGCCUGUCGGACAAGCCGCAGGCCUGGAGUGUGGAUACACAGCCAUCGAGUCACCUAAUACGAAAUGGAUCAAGCACCCCUCUGACCCCCGAGCUUUGAUAGCUUUCGAUUGUACACAUAUAUACCUGCAUCGAUGGAACGAUCUGUCGGAGACUGCGGUCGUUAGCCUCAUGAGCGCACCUUUCCAGGCCAGUAGCCUUGCCUCCGCAAGUGACGACUCGGAGGAGAACAGGCUUGUGGGUGUCUUUGCCGAUCCUGCAGGCUCUCACUGUAUCAUCGACGUCCUCCAUCCCACCUCAUCAAGUUCGAAGCGUAUUACCUCAGUCUUCACAAUCACAAAUCUCGAGCAAUCUACUGCCGUAAACCUACCUCUCAAGCUUGAAGCCAUACCGGAUGAGUUACAGCAAGAGAUUGAGAUCCUCGUCGGUGUUCUACCUCGGCAGCAGCCAGCGUGCAGCGACAUUAUUAUCUUCCGAAAGAUUGGCUAA